AUGACGGUCUCUUCAUCAUCGCCGUCAAUCAAACCAUCCGGUAUAGCAACCCUCGCCUGUACCGUCUGCAGAAAACAGCACCUCAAAUGCGAUGCGGGAAAACCUUCUUGUUCACGAUGCACAGAGACCGACCAGGUGUGCUUCUACGAGCCGUCGCGGCGCGGAGGACGGAGAAAGAAGCUUCGCUCUGAUACGCAACCGAAAAGGCUCAUGAUGAGGUCGAGUCAGAGUGAACCCACCGGAUUUAUGGAGAGUGUGAAUGUGAACCCAAUCAGUUUGCCCAUUACGCCGACUUCCUCGUCGCAGGAGGGCAUUCCUGGGAAUGGAUUGGCACAGCUUACGCCACGACCGGCUCAUCAAGGUUCGGUGUCGGAUAGUUCGAGCGAGAGAAGGGCAAGCGAUCAUCAAACUCAAGUACCUCCUGCUCCAGUGCAGCAGCCUUUGAAUGAUCCUGCCAUGUCAUUCUACCACCACCUUGACCCGGGCCUGAUAUCGCACGCAAUAGAGAGCACCAACCUUGGAAGUAUCAACACGCAUGCGCCGGUCCCGGCCUCAUCUGAAAACGACCGUCUACUUCGGCUUUACUACGAAAACUUUCACAACGCGCACCCAUUUCUGGUUCCAAGCUCCGCCUUCACAUCUCGAAAUUAUCCGCCGUAUCUUCGGCGCAUGGUGGACUUUGCUGGCUCUCACUACUCCCCAUCAGGAGCCAAUGCGCAGCUCAGAGCUUCUGUCGCGACGGAUAUGCUGUCAAUCACGGAUAACUCAACUUCUAUGGUUCAAUCACUUCUCAUCUACUCGAUACUACUCUUCUUUGGCGGCGAUCUCGACGCCGCUGGUAAAACGUUUGAGCAGUGCACGAGAAUGGCCAUGGAUCUGGGUAUGCAUCUCAAUGACUUUGCAGCCGCCAGACAACUAGACAAUCCGAUCGAAGCUGAGAGUUUAAGACGGACGUGGUGGGAGAUUUAUGUCACGGAUAUUCUCAUGGCUAUACCACCCAAGACGAUGAAUCUUCGAUGUAGUAGCGUUCCACCGAAAGUCUGUCUACCAUGCGAAGAAGCUUUCUACAAUGGACGCCUGGAUAUUCCCCCACCACAUCAUGUCCUAGAGUUCAAACGGCGGGUCCUCUUAACUGGCGACGUCACAUUUUCGUCGUACAGUUAUCGCAUCGAAGCAGCAACGAUUCUAGGCCGAGUUUUGUUGCUAAACCAGAAGAAGAGCACCAGCCAUGAUCAUUCACAAUCAAUCGAGAAUGCUCUACUUAGCUGGUCAAACCACUUACCUCCCGGCAAACUGGAAAUCGUAGACUCUUAUGGAAACAUCGACGAAAUGAUGUUUCAAGCACACAUGGUCAUCGCUCUCGCGAGCAUGCUCUUACACCUCCCUCGCAGCAAUCUUCACUCUCUUCUAGUGGACUCCAAAGACCCAUUCAUCCCAGUCGCACAAAAUCACCCACUCUCAUCAUCCACGACGUUGAUCCAAGGCAUAAAAGCAACAGAUGCAUCGCGACGCAUAUCAGAUUGCAUAUCCCUCUGCCCUAACGUCCCCAAACACACACCCUUCGUCAUCCCCGCCCUUGCUCUUUGUGGCUUCAUCCAACUCGCCACCACCCAAGGCCAUCCCGAUGAAUGCUUCGAGCAUCACUACAACCGCGUGACUUUAGUGUUGGGCUGUUUAAAAAGCGCGCGACGGAUGUGGCGCACGGCGGAAUCUGAGUACGAUCGUCUUCGGUGCUGUGCCUCAGAACUUAUCGCAGAUGCUAUGGAUAGGAUGAAUGCAUUGCCUUUGUGUCAGACUCUUCCAAAUACUACGCCUGCGAUAACUGGCACAGCUGAUCAGGGAGGGAGUUUGUCGCUGUUAUCGCCGACGCGUGGAAAUAUGGAUUCUGCGAUGCCACGAUUUGAUCCGUUGUUUUUGGACUCGUAUCAAUGCCUGCACGAAGGUCUCAAUGAGAUUCGCGUCAUCACAACAUGGCCUGGUAGAUUCGACGACCCUAUCAAAAUCGACAUUUCACAUCAUUCACUCGUUCCACCACCUAUCGACAAAAACUCGCCAUCGAUCUCGAUCGAGAAGAUAAAAAAGACUAUACCGGAGGAAUCACCAUGGGGCGUAUUUAGUACACUAGAGGGUCGAACGAUAUUCGUCAGCAAUGACACAGAUGAGACUUCAUGGACUCAUCCGGAUCCACUCGUUGACCAAAGUCUAUACGAUCACGAAUUCGCGCCUGAGAAUAAUAAAGCUCAGCCUGUCUACGAGGCACUCUCGUAUACUUGGGGGUCUGGGAUCGCGACUUCACCUGUAAGAGUCGAAGCAAUCGGAGAUGGGACCGUAGGGUCAUACCAAGGGUCACUGUGUAUAGGCAAGAACUUAGACGAAGCGCUCCGAUAUUUGCGGUAUCCUCACAGCCCCCGAACAAUGUGGAUCGACGCAUUAUCCAUCGAUCAAAGCGACAUCGAAGAACGCAACCACGAAGUCAAACGCAUGGGUGACAUCUUCAGACUCGCGACAAGAGUCGUUGCCUGGAUAGGACCAGCGUUCUUGGGAAGUACUUUGGCUUUGUCUACACUGAAGGACAUUGCUCAGAAUAUAGUAUGGAAGUCAAACAGAGCAUGCGAAGCCAGACCAGGUUGUUCUGAUCCUUCAUGGCACAAAUGCGACAUUCCACCACGGUUCAAUACCCUCACCGAAAUUACCAUCGGAAACCUGUUCUCUCGCCUCUGGUUCCGAAGGUUAUGGGUGGUUCCGGAUUGGACUGCGCGAGCACUUGAUACAAUUCCACCAGGUAAUGGUUUCAGCGCAGCAAGCUUCUCCCCAUCACAUUCAGCCCUGUAUGGCCCGAACGAAUUGGAAGUGGCAGGCAUUCGUCUAGACACCAUCCCUUAUGUAUACCGACUCGAGAUCAAAAACUUCCAAGACUUGGCAGAUUACUUCAACGAACUGGGUCUCGAGAAGAUCAUGGAGAAACGGCAUCGAACAGGGGAAUCGUUUUUGGACGCGCACCUGCAUGUUCUUACACACUCCAGGUUCAAGGAGAGAGUUCCUCAUGUUGGAAGGCCUGAGUUUGAGCAUAACGAAAUGAUAGUUGGACUAGAGGAUUCAUAUUGCUUCCUUACUAGCGAUGGAUAUCUCGGCCAUUGUCGGACGAGAGGAACAGUAGAGAAAGGUGAUGAAGUAUUUAUCCCCCUUGGCUGUCAAGUCCCCAUCCUCGUUCGCCCAACAUCCAACAACAAACGUAGAUCUCUCGGCGACUGCUUCGUACACGGCGUCAUGCAUGGAGAGACACUUCUAGGCCCUCUUCCUCUCAACUACAGUGUCCAAGAGAUUAAACGCAGCGACGGAAUCACUCGAACCCAUUUUCUAAACCAUGGCACAGGGGAGCAUACUAUGGGAGAUCCGCGACUGCGUAAGAAGAACUCACUAUUGGUCUCUGAUUCAAUUCCUUCCGACACGCUUUCGGUUAUCAUAGGGCCAGACGGUUAUGGCUGUGCCUCGGCAUUCGGCGAGUCGAAGUCCCAGCAAACAUAUUCAUCAUAUUUUCCAACCGGUAUGGAGGUCAUACAUGAUGACGCCGAUGCCAUCGCCGACAUAUGUCUUAUACACGGCACAGCAGGGGACCCCAAGGUUGCAUGCACAGAGUCUGCGCCAUGGCUAAAAUCACUCCUACCUUCCCAAAUUGACAAAGUCCGUAUCCUCAGCUAUGGAUACGGUCCUUAUGAUGGACCCGGCGAAAGACAGUUUGACGUAUUCGAUUGCACUAGCGAUCUUCGUCAUGGCCUCAUAUACCAUCGUCAGCACACGCCGUUACGUCCACUCAUUUUUGUGGCACAUCGUGUUGGCGGAUUAGUCCUCAAGGAAGUAGUCAAUUACUGCUACUACAGCCGCCCCACAAGUCAUGACGCCGCGAUUUACUCUGUGCUUAAGGGAAUUAUCUUCAUCGGAACUCCUCACAAAGCGGAAUGGAAGCCGGUCGUGAAUACUCGGAUCGCGAGGUUAUACGCCGGGUCUACUGAUAUAGUGGUGGCAGACGCCUCCCUUGACCUAUAUACAGAUGCUAAGCAGGAUCGCGCUACUUCGACACACAUAGAGUCGGUCGGGGAUAUGAGCGAGGAUGAUCAUCUGAAUAAAGUGGAAGCAGUAUCUUUCUUGACAUAUCGUCCUGAACCCGCAACAACAAAGCCCUCUGUUCCAGAGCUGUUAGCUACCAUUGAUACGAUUGACGAAUACGAAGCCAUUCCCAUCAUCGCCGAUCAUAUACAAAUGAUCAAACUUAGCCCCUCGGAUGAAGGAACCAGACAAAUUGCCGAGACAUUAGACGAAUGGACAUCACAAAUCAGUAAUUAA